AUGUCACAGAAUAGGCCUGGGGUGUUCUCGAGUCUGCGCAUGGGUGCAGAAGUCGUCCGCGAGAAAGUCCAGGAUGGGCUUACAGGGGAAACCAAGGAAAUCUCCUACUCACAAUGUAAAAUUGUGGGCAAUGGAUCGUUUGGUGUCGUCUUCCAAACGAAGAUGAUGCCUAGCAACGAAGAUGCUGCUAUCAAACGGGUCCUGCAAGAUAAACGGUUCAAAAACCGUGAGCUCCAGAUCAUGCGGAUCGUGCGCCACCCGAACAUUGUAGAGCUGAAGGCUUUCUACUACUCUAACGGUGAAAGAAAAGACGAAGUGUAUCUGAACCUCGUCCUCGAAUACGUACCAGAGACUGUUUAUCGAGCUUCGCGGUAUUUCAACAAGUUGAAGACGACCAUGCCGAUGCUGGAAGUGAAACUUUACAUUUACCAACUAUUCCGUUCCCUGGCGUACAUCCAUUCGCAGGGCAUCUGCCAUCGUGAUAUAAAACCACAGAACCUUUUGCUCGAUCCGAACACUGGCAUCUUGAAGCUGUGCGACUUCGGUUCUGCUAAAAUUCUCGUCGAGAAUGAGCCCAAUGUUUCGUACAUCUGCUCCCGCUACUACCGCGCACCUGAGUUGAUCUUCGGCGCGACGAACUACACCACGAAAAUUGAUGUAUGGUCCACUGGUUGUGUCAUGGCCGAGUUGAUGCUAGGACAACCGCUCUUUCCUGGAGAAUCGGGAAUUGAUCAGCUCGUGGAGAUCAUCAAAGUUCUGGGCACUCCCACGCGGGAACAGAUACGCACUAUGAACCCGAACUAUAUGGAGCAUAAAUUCCCACAGAUCAAGCCACACCCCUUCAAUAAAGUUUUCCGGAGGGCCCCCCAUGAGGCCAUCGAUCUGAUCUCGGCUCUCCUAGAAUACACACCGACACAACGUCUCUCGGCUAUCGAAGCGAUGUGUCAUCCAUUCUUCGAUGAACUUCGGGAUCCUAACACCCGGUUGCCUGAUUCACGGCACCCUAACGGUUCCUCAAGGGAACUCCCUCACCUUUUCGAUUUCUCCAGGCAUGAACUUUCUAUCGCGCCCGCGAUGAAUAAUAGGCUGGUCCCCCCUCAUGCACGCCCAGCACUUGAGGCCCGCGGGUUAGACAUCAACAAUUUCAAACCUCUUACGAAGGAAGAGAUGAUAGCACGCCUUGACUGA